CCCCUGGGGCCCCCACCCUGCCGACCCCGCCGUCAUGCUGCGCCUGCUGGCGCUCCUCCUGCACUGCCUCCCGCUGGCCGCCGGGGGCUAUGACAUCUGCAAAUCCUGGGUGACCUCGGACGAGGGGCCCACCUGGGAGUUCUAUGCCUGCCAGCCCAAGGUGAUGCGCCUGAAGGACUACGUCAGGGUGAAGGUGGAGCCCUCGGGCAUCACGUGUGGAGACCCCCCGGAGAGGUUCUGCUCGCACGAGAAUCCCUACCUGUGCAGCAACGAGUGUGACGCCUCCAACCCCGACCUGGCCCACCCGCCCGGACUCAUGUUCGACAAGGAGGACGAGGGGCUGGUCACCUACUGGCAGAGCGUCACGUGGAGCCGCUACCCCAGCCCCCUGGAGGCCAACAUCACCCUGUCCUGGAACAAGAGCGUGGAGCUGACGGACGACGUGGUGGUGACCUUCGAGUACGGCCGGCCCACCGCCAUGGUCCUGGAGAAGUCCCUGGACAACGGGCGCUCGUGGCAGCCCUACCAGUUCUACGCCGAGGACUGCGCGGAGGCCUUCGGCAUGCCGGCGCGCCGCGCCCGCGACCUGGCGCCCUCCGGUGCCCAGCGCGUGCUGUGCACCGAGGAGUACUCGCGCUGGGCGGGCUCCAAGCAGGAGAAGCACGUGCGCUUCGAGGUGCGCGACCGCCUCGCCGUCCUCGCCGGCCCCGACCUGCGCAACAUGGGCAGCCUGUACGCGCGGCUGGAGAGCGCCAAGGGCCUCAAGGAGUUCUUCACCCUCACCGACCUGCGGCUGCGGCUGCUGCGCCCCGCGCUGGGCGGCACCUACGUGCAGCGCGAGAACCUCUACAAGUACUUCUACGCCAUCUCCAACAUCGAGGUCACCGGCAGUUCUUUCCCUCAAGAGUGGAUCAGGUCAUCUACAGCUGCCCCCCUCGGGGACAGCCCCCCGGGGUCCCAGGUGGCCUCCAGUGCAGAAGACUGCGAGUGCUACGGCCACUCCAACCGCUGCAGCUACAUCGACUUCCUCAACGUGGUGACCUGCGUCAGCUGCAAGCACAACACGCGGGGCCAGCACUGCCAGCACUGCCGCCUGGGCUACUACCGCAACGGCUCCGCCGAGCUGGACGACGAGAACGUGUGCAUAGGGAUCCAGGCAGUGGGGCUUGGGGAGGGGCCGCUUAGCACCCCUGGGUGCCAGCGGACCCCCCUCAGGAUGGCGGGGCUGGAAGCGGAAGUGGCUUUUCUGAGGGCCCAGCAGAGUCGAGUCGGGGACGUCAGCCCCGGCUGCGACCUCCCCACCUCUUCAACGCGGGUCCAGCUGGGGCCGAUUGGCUUGACCCCAGUGGCUCUCGGCUCCCUGGAGCUCGGCGGUUGGCGCUUCCAGCCAGGGCCGCGGCCUGUCCGCCACGUCCUGCCUCCCAAACACCCCUCUUCCCUGCGAGGGGCCACCGCUCCUGGGAGCCAGGCUGACUCCACGGACUGGGGGCGCAGGACGCUGUCCAUGGGGAUAGGAAGCAGGGUGGCCAAGCUGGCUUCUCAGGUGACCACGCCUGUCCAGGUCACGAUGCCCAAGCAAGGCCGACGGGACACUGGCAGGCACCAGCCCCCGGGUUUCGGGACCCCUGUGUGA